AUGCCGCUGGGCCUGAAGCCCACCUGCAGCGUUUGCAAGACCACGUCGUCCUCGAUGUGGAAGAAGGGCCCGCAGGGGGAGAUCCUCUGCCACCACUGCACGGGCUGGGGCGGCGCGGGCGGCGGGGGCACCGUCGGGGGCGGCGGCUUCGGCGCGGCGGCCUUCGCCAGCACCUCGAGUAAGCAGGAAAUUCACCGGAGGUCUGCUCGGCUCAGAAAUACUAAGUACAAGUCUGCUCCAGCUGCUGAAAAGAAAGUUUCCACCAAAGGAAAAGGGAGAAGACAUAUUUUUAAGUUAAAAAAUCCCAUCAAAGCUCCAGAAUCAGUUUCCACAAUAAUCACUGCAGAAUCAAUCUUCUACAAGGGAGUAUAUUACCAAAUUGGAGAUGUUGUGUCCGUGAUUGAUGAACAGGAUGGAAAGCCUUACUAUGCACAGAUCAGAGGUUUUAUUCAGGAUCAAUAUUGUGAGAAAAGUGCAGCACUAACGUGGCUCAUUCCCACUCUCUCUAGCCCCAGAGACCAAUUUGAUCCCGCAUCAUAUAUCAUAGGACCAGAGGAAGAUCUUCCAAGGAAGAUGGAAUAUUUGGAAUUUGUCUGUCAUGCACCUUCUGAAUAUUUCAAGUCACGAUCUUCACCAUUUCCCACUGUGCCCACCAGACCAGAGAAAGGCUAUAUAUGGACACAUGCAGCUGCUGAGUUUGAACGGAUGAUUUUUCAAUUAGCCCUGCAAAACCAGGGCUUAUUACAUAUGAAAUUGUGCAGGCUGCUGAAAUACUUAGCCUGUAGGCCUAAGGUGGCUCCUCCGGUUCCUAUACUGGCUGCUACCCCUAGACCUAAUAGUGCUGCCAGGGUUAGGCUUACUGGUUCUCUCUUGGUUCGACUACGCCCUUCCCAUUCAUCUAUGAAUUCUUCUAUUUUAUGA